GGGCUCUAACGUGAGGUAGCAACAUGUGAAAUUUUAUGUGCGACGAUGUUAGAAAGGAUCCGACGCUUCAAGGGGCGUCGGUCAGACAAGUCUUUAGUAGCGAUGAGGGAAACACCUAAAAAGCAGUUGAAGAACGUUGGUUUCUUUAAACGUUUACUGGGAAAUAGGAAAAAAGAGGCAUUAGGUCGUUUUUCCACGUCUGAACAGCCAUUAAAUUCUGGUAGUUCGAUUUUGGGUCAAGCUACGAUACCGACCAACAAUGAUAUAGGUUGGAAGACAUCCAUCCCUUCACUCGAGUGUGAUCGCUGUGAUCGCAGUGAUAUAGCCCAGCCGCGGUUUAGCCCUGUAGCAAUUACUUCACCCUACCAGGACUUCGGGUUGCCAGAGACGAUGAUCUCGGGAAACGUAUCAUCAAAGCUCCCAGAUGACUUUUCUGGUAGAUAUCAUAUAUCUCCAGAUAUACGAGCAUCAACCUUGCCCAAACAACCACCUCCCUGGAUUCAAAACCACACUGCGCUGGUAAUAGGACCUAACACCGGUCUAAGUGCUCUAUUUCAGCAACCCGACCGUCUUAGAUCUCAUACAGAAUCAUACCCGAGCCGCUUACAGAACCGACCUAGUAGCUCUGACUCAACUAACCCUUAUCCUCAGACCUUCUUGUCCAUAACGCCAAGCACAAGUUGUAGCUCUAUGGUAUCUGAGUAUAGUAUCCAUAUCCGGCCCAGCAGAUCCGAAUUCCAGAUGUCACAAGCGCGAGCAUCACAUGACAGGCCUCUUCCAAUGUCCUUUCAACCCGAGUCGAUCACUAAGCCAACGAACAGUCUUAGCGAUGAGACGGACAGAAACCCGCGACUCGCGCACUCGUUAAGCUACAGGAUAGCUCUGUCUCAGGUUUUCAUGUACCAGGCUCGCAUGUCUGAUCGACCAGCGAAAUCCACUUUGGCUAUUCCAGAAUUAGCAAAAAGAUGGUAGCAGUUUAUGAGAUAUCGAUUUGGGCAUCACUCGUCCGCCAUCUAACAAAUUCCGGAAAAAGAAUUCGGGCGUAGUUGACGCCCAAUACCAGUCCAAUCAGGCUUGCCGCUGUCGCAUAUAAACAUGGCGAUAACGAGAUGAAGAAGUAGUGGUAACGAUAUACACGAUUGGGUAUCAUUAGGUUUAGGCAGGUAGUUGUAAGAAAUUCGAUUCGUCAUAAAACCUUC